AUGGCCAUUUUACUAUGCAUUCUUCUUGUCUUGAUCAUCCCUAAUGAAGCAGAUCCAAUCAAUUUCGAUUUUAGAUAUCUCGGUCCACAAAAUCAGAACACAGAUAUAGUUACUAUGGAUGCUGCUUUUAUCUCUGAUAAUGGAAUGCAAUUGAUUCCUGAUCAUACCACUUUUAUAGCAGGCCGGGGGAUUUACAAGAGAUUGCUUCAUAUAUGGGACAAAGCCUCUCGUGAGCUAGCCAGCUUUUCGACCACUUUCUCAUUCGUGAUUGAGUCAAGUACAUUUGAAGAUUAUUAUGCCGAUGGUUUCACAUUCUUCCUUGCUGAGAAUAAUUCAGUGGCAACAACUGGUGGAGCCCUGGGUCUUCCGAUUGAUAGCUCAACAUAUAAAAUUAUAUAUCCAUUUGUUGCAGUUGAGUUUGAUACUCUCUGGAACAAAGAAUGGGAUCCGGCAUCUCUUUCUCUAAAUGAUUAUCACGCAGGCAUCAAUGUUAACUCUCUUAAUUCUUCCGUGUUUAAGAAAUGGUCGAUCAAUAUAACAGAAGGAGCACACUGUCAAGCUAGCAUAACAUAUGAUUCUGUGUCUAAAACGCUUGGUGUUUCUGUUACUGACGAUGUAAAUGGUGCAAUUGACCUUAGUUACAUCAUUGAUCUAAGGGAUGUAUUACCCGAAUUGGUUACUUUUGGGUUUUCAGCAGGAGCUGGAAUUCGGUUUGAGAAAGUAACAGUAACAUCAUGGAGUUUCAAUAGUUCAAAACUACAGGCUGAUGAAGAAAAGGCACAAGCACCGACCCCUGGUCCGAAAAAAAGGCCAAGUCAUAUGGUGGGAUUAAUACUUGGAAUAGUUGUUGCCGUACUUUCUGGUUUGGGUGUCUUUGUUUAUUAUUGUAUAUGCAGGAGGAACAAACACAGAAGAUAUGAAGUGCGAUAUGAUGAGGAGAUGAACAAAGAUUUUGAAGAGGGAACUGGACCAAAAAGAUUCUCUUACAACGAAAUUCUUCAGGCAACUGCUGGUUUUGCAGAGACGAACAAGCUUGGGGAGGGAGGUUUUGGAGGGGUUUAUAAAGGCUUUUUGAAAGAUCUAAAUACCUAUGUUGCGGUCAAAAGGGUGUCCAAGACUUCUGAACAGGGGAUUAGGGAGUAUACUGCGGAAGUUAAAAUAAUUAGCCGAUUGAGGCACAAAAAUCUGGUGGAACUCAAGGGCUGGUGCCAUGAGAAAAGCGAGCUCCUGCUUGUUUAUGAGUUCAUGGAAAAUGGAAGCUUAGAUUUACAUUUGUUUAAGCAGAAAAGCAUGUUGUUGACGUGGGACAAGAGGAAAAGAAUUGCACAUGGCCUGGCCUCUGCUUUGUCAUAUCUUCAUGAAGAAUGCAAGGAAUGUAUUUUGCAUAGGGAUAUCAAAUCGAGCAAUGUUAUGUUGGACUCCAAUUUUAAUGCAAAGCUUGGUGAUUUUGGGUUAGCUAGGUUGGUUGACCAUGACAAAAGCUCUACGACAACCAUGUUGGCCGGGACAUUUGGUUACAUGGCUCCCGAAAUCGCGAUGACUGGAAAAGCAAGCAAAGAAACUGAUGUAUAUAGCUUUGGAGUUGUUGCACUUGAAUUAGCUUGUGGGCGAAAAGCAAUCGGGUACAAGGCUGAUGAGGAAAGACAAACAACUUUGGUUGAAUGGGUUUGGGAUCUGUAUUGGAUUGGAACUCUUCUAGAAGCAAUUGACCCAUCUCUUGGCUCAAACUACACAGAAGAAAUUGAGCGGUUGGUCAUCGUUGGGUUAUGGUGUGCACACCCUCACGCAGACCUACGCCCAUCAAUGAGGCAAGCCAUUCAAGUCUUGAACUCUGAAGCUUCCCUGCCAAUACUCCCAUCAAUGCCAAAAAUUGCUUUUAAUGCACCUCCAACUCCUUCAUUACUUAGUGAUUCUUCGACUACUUCUCCAUCUCCUUUGCUCUUCAAUUAA